CAGCUGCCUCUUGUAUGACCUCAUCAGCCAGCUGUUCUCCAAGACUCGCGGCCGAGUCAUAGUCCACUUACCCAUCAGCCAGGAAACUGGCUUUCAGUCCUGUGUGAAGGUGCUUGCUGGGGUUUGAGGACCAAAAGGGAUAGCAGGGCCUACAAAUGAAGCUGACCCUACUUAGGAAUCUGGAAGGGAUAGCCUGCCCCCUGGAGUGGGAGUCUGGCAUGCUUGGGGACAAGUGAGUGCAAUACCCUUGGAGGCCAGCAGAGGACACUGGACCCUUGGAGCUGGAGUUGACAGUGAAUUCCUGAGUGUGGAUGCUGAGAACCAAACUCAGGUUCUCUGCAAGAAGAAAAACACCAUGGUAUCUGAAUCACGUCAGGCAAAUAUUCCGCCCCGAACCACAUUCCUAAGGGAGUCAACUGGUGCCUGAGUCACAGCUGCCCUUGUGACAUCACGAGUUACCCUCCUCUGCUCUCUGCUCAUGCCAGCCCUGGAGCAGCACAGACUUGAGGGGAUUUGAACCAUCUAUACCCAAUCCAUGUGUGAACAAUGGUAAGCGAGAGAGGGCAGACACAUCAGGCUUGUUACGUUUGUCCCCAUAAAUCUCCCACCAUGAGGAACCCCCCUGAGAACCCAAGGUUCCGGAAAGCAGCCUGGCAGUGGUGGCGCACGCCUUUAACCCCAUCACUCCGGAGGCAGAGGCAGGUGGAUCUCUGAGUUCAAGGUCAGCCUGGUCUCCAGAGUGACUUCCAGGACUACACAGAGAAGCCCUGUCUUGGAAAACAUAGGGGUAAAAAAAGUCUGGAAUUCUCUGGAAGCCAGGGAUAUGUGGGGUACAGCACAGUGAGGGAGAGCUGGCAGCCCACCCUGACUUCCCCAGUUGUUGAGACCAAGAUAAGGCACAGCUGAAGCCUGAAGACUUUGAAGAGCCCACUGACAAUGCUCCUCAGGAGAAGCAGCCAGCUGGUCUACCCUCAGUAAAAAAGAAGGCAAAGUUGCCAGAAAACCAGAUGGUCUCUGAAAAGACCUCAGCUGUAAAGAUCCAAGCCUGGUGGCGUGGCACACUGGUACGUCGGGCGCUGCUGCACGCGGCCCUCAGGGCCUGGAUCAUCCAGUGCUGGUGGCGGCUAAUCCUGCGGAAGAUUAUGGAGAAGAGGCGUCACUCGAUCCUGGAUUCCUUUCAGCAGGAGCAGUGGGCAGCGGUCAGGUUGCAGUCCUGGGUCCGCAUGUGGCACAUCCGAAGGCGUUACCGCCGGGUACUUAAGGCUGUCCGAAUCAUCCAGGCUCACUGGAGGUGUCAUGCCUGCUCCUCUCGGGGUAUCAUCAAGGGCCACUACCGAAUUACGGCCAGCCAGAUGCAACUGGAGCUGGAGAUCUUUCUGGGCUCAGGGCCUUGUAUCGUGACCGAGUGUAUUCCCCUGCCAAUAAAGCAGUGAGACAAUCUUA